UAGAAGCCCUCAAGUUGUGAUCGGAAAACUCGUAAAAGCCCUAAUCUGAUCGGAAAAAUUCCACUUGUCCCAAUCGAAUUGGAGGUUAUAUGCAGAACAGCAGGCGGCAAGCCCGGUUCAGUCGUCGCCGGCGAGUUCGGUUCAGAUUAGGGAGAGGUGUGUUUGGCGAUUGGGCCCGACAUUGAAGGCCCACCACCAACCAUGGUGGUUCUAUGACGAGGGCAAGAAAGAAUGCAAGGUAAGGAUGAUGAUCCGCAGAAAUCCCGAAAAUGGCUGGAAGACAUGUCGAAUGGUUUAAGCCAUGAGCUGGAAGCCCCAACUCUAGGCGGCAUUCAGAUUGAGGAUGCGCAGAAAGGUCUCAUCCGCUGUAGAUUUCUCAUCCCAAAACACCUCUCGGACAAAGACGGAAAUUGGCAUGCUGGAGCAAUAGCAGUCUUAAUAGACGACGUCGCCGCGGCCACCAUAUGCUCCGUUUUUGGACUCAUCAAAGUGUCUGUCAGUUUCAACAUCUCGUACUUUUCAACAGCCAAGAUUCAGGAAGAAGUGGAGAUAGAGGGGGAGGUUGUUGGCCAUAAGAAUGAGCUCACGUUGGUCAUGGUGAGAAUUAGAAAGAAAGACAGCGGAGAGAUGGUUGCUUUUGCUAAGCAAUGGAUGUCUUCAACUCACGGGUCUAGCAAGCUCUAACAUCGCAAUUCAAGCGAUGCGAUAUUUCUUACAACAAAGGGACCGAACUCUCUGUGCUUGUUGAUAGUAGGCAUAGCUUUCAACUCCACUUUAAAUAGUUCAAGGCAUCGGUCAUGCCAAAAAUUAUGUUAAGAAAAUUGCUUCGUUGCAGUAUCUUCACUCUGCUCACCGAGUUUACGUGUUUGAGUAACUAGUAAAGUCGGUUAAAAAAAUUAAAA